AUGAGCAAUUUAGAGAAGAAUUGUAAUGUCGAAGAGCUGUCAGGAAAUGGCUAUGUAAGCACUGCUUUGGAUGCAAACAUUCAAAUGAAGUCUACAAUUGAUCCUUAAGCUGCAUAUUUUUGGAAAGAAGCUGAAAGAGUAAUUUUUAUAAAAGCACUACACUAGCAUGGUAAAAGUUGGAAAUUGAUAAGCAACAAUUUUGAGUAAAGAGAUAAAUAUCAAUGCAGAAGUCAUGGACAGAAAUAUUUAAAGUCUCUUAAAGUACUCUAAGAGAUAAGUCAGAGAGCAAUCGAAGGUGAAAGCAUGCCAUCCGAUAAAGAUCAUAUUAAGAUUAAAAGCUACGAUUAGGUUUUGAAGUCCCUUAAGUCACAAAAAGAAUCUUUACAAGAUUAUUAGUUGAAUUCUCAAUUUUUCCCAAGAUAUUUGUAUAAUCUAAUUAUUGAUGACCAAGAGCCGCAGCUCAUGUAAUGUACUGAUAAAAUGAAUCAGAUAAACAAAGCAAUAUCCAAUGAGCUCAAUUAUUACGAUAAAGUAAGAAACCAUUUUAUAUUUACAUAAUCUUAAUGCUAGUAUAAGGAAGAAAAGAAAAUAAAGAAUUAGCAAAAGAAGACUGCUAAAAAUCCCUAUUCAUAAACUUAAUUGGCAAAUCAAACUUUUUCAAUAGAAAAUAUUGUUAAAGUAGAGGAUUUAGACCAAGUCUUAUCAAGGAGACAAAAGAAUUGA